AUGAAUAUAGAUAAUGAUGAAAACUUUGAUACUAACACGAUAAUACCUAAUACGCUUAUGCCAUCUAUAACAUCUAUUAUGACUAUAGUAUCUACAGCAUCUACUACAUCUACUAUACCUAUACCUUUAGCACUUACUACAUUUCUAGCAUCUACUUCUACUACAUCUUUAGUAUCUGCUAUAUCUAUGGUACCUGCUAUAUCAUCUUUUACUAAAUCUACAUCUAUUGAAUCUAUGUAUGUUGAACCUAUAUAUGUUGAAUCUAUACAUAAUGAAUUUACAUAUACUGAAUCUAUCAUAUUGGUAGCAUCUACUUCGUUGGUUUCAACUGUAAUAAGAAAAGAUAAAAAUUUUCAAGGAAUCUUCAAGCAAUUAAAAACUCCUGUUGAUGAUAUAUCCGAAGUUAUUAGUAGUAGUAAAGAUACAAGUAUUGUUGAAAAAAAUGAUACAAUAUCAGGUUUGGUUUUACUAUAUAAUAAAGCAAAUCAUAAUAAAGAACAUGCAACAUAUGCAAACCAAGCUGAAAUAUUAUCCUGGUAUCAUUAUGCUGAAGAGUUUGAAAAACAAGUAAAAAAAAUAUUAAAUAAUACUAGAGUAUCUAUAAACAAGGCAAAAUUAAAAGUCUAUAGAGAACUUUUAACCUAUCUUGUAGAUGUAGAUUUACAAACUUUACAAAAAAGAACACAAAGAGCAAAUACUGUGUAUAAUUUAUUUAAAAAAAUUGGGGUUGACAAAAUUUGA